UGUAGGAUAUAUUUUACACAGAGCGGUGUAAACAGUUUCAGUUUAAGCCCUGUUUAUAUAUUGGUAUGUAUCUGUUGCUGGAAACAAAAGGGCGUUUCUUUUGGUCUCUAACACUUUCGGUUUCAUAACCAGUCUGAUAAAACCGGCAGAGACGAGACAAAAGAGAGAGGGAGAGAAUCGCAAAGCGGACUACAUUGUUUCUGUUGUUUUGGGUGAUUUAGGAGCACAUUUCUUCCUGCAAACCUAUAACGUUAUACAGUAACAAGCCCUCACCAUGAAGCCGCUGGCAGCGCUGGCGUGUCUCCCAGUGCUAGACGUGGCCAUCACUCAUGCCCUGAGGCUCGGGCUGACCCGGGUUCCAGUGCCGGAGCUGCAGCUCCCUCUGUGGAGCCUGUGGGUGACGGGUGUGCUGCGGGCCGCCGUGCUGAGCCUGUCCUAUCACACCGUCCGCAGGGCGCCGCAGUGCCCGGCCUGGCUGCUGAGCAGCGAUGCCCUGCAGAGCGUGCUGCUCCUGAGCCUGCUCCUGCCCUGCUACGCCACGCUGCGGGCUGGGAGUGCAGGCGGGGCGCAGGAGCUCCUGUGGGGCUGGCACUGCCCGAGCGCCCUGGCGCUGGGGUACGGAGUGACCAUCGCGACGGCUGUGCUGUGGCAGCGCUACGCCCCCUCCCCGUCCGAACCUGGGUCCCAGAAGAGAAACGGGGCGUCGCUGAGGAGGCUGGCGGAGCAGAUGAUCCCCGACGCCAGGCACUUCGCAGUGGUGGGGGUCUUCCUGGUGGUGUCAUCCCUGGGUGAGAUGGCUAUUCCCUACUACACAGGGAGGAUGACAGACUGGAUCAUGAACGAGGAGGAGCCCGAAGCUUUCAACAACGCCAUCACUGCCAUGGCCCUGAUCACCAUCGGGAGUACUGUGUCGGAGUUUGUGUGUGACCUCAUCUAUAACAUCACAAUGAGCCGGAUUCACAUGAGAAUCCAGAGCCGGGUCUUCAGGUCAGUGCUGCGGCAGGACAUUGCCUUCUUCGACACGGCGCACACCGGUGACAUCACAUCCCGCAUCACGACGGACACGAACACGAUGAGCGAGUCUCUGAGUGAGAAGCUCAGCCUGCUCAUGUGGUAUUUCAUGAGGGUGCUGUGUCUGUUCGGCUUCAUGCUCAGCCUGUCCUGGAAACUGUCCCUCUUCACUGCCAUCGGCCUGCCCAUCAUCUGGGUCAUUCCAGAGCUGACUGGGAAAUUCUACCAGAACCUGUCGGUCAGAGUGCAGGAGUCUCUGGCGAAGGCGAACGCCGUUGCCAUGGAGACGUUCUCGUCGAUGAAGACGGUGCGCAGCUUCGCUAACGAGGGGGGCGAGGCGGAGCGAUACCGAGACAAACUGGAGGAGACGUACUGGCUCAACAAGAUCGAGGCUGCUGCCUACGCUGCCUCCUCCUGGACAAACAGUCUCUCCAGCCUGGCUCUGAAGGUCUCUAUCCUGUACUACGGAGGGAUGCUGGUGACCUCAGGGGAUGUGAGCAGUGGAGAUCUGGUGUCCUUCAUCCUGUAUGAGCUGCAGUUCUCCUCCGCUGUGGAGGUGCUGCUCUCAUACUAUCCCCACGUGAAGAAGGCGAUCGGAGCCUCAGAGAAGAUCUUCGAGUACAUGGACCGCGAGCCGGAGAUGACAGCUGGGACCCUCGCACCUGAGACGCUGAGGGGACACGUGGAGUUCAGGAAUGUCAGCUUCGCCUACCCCCGCAGACCCGACACCGCUGUGCUCAAGAACGUCUCGUUUGAGCUUCGCCCCGGUGAGAUCACGGCUCUGGUGGGACCCUCUGGCGGGGGGAAGUCAACGUGUGUGUGUCUGCUGGAGCGCUUCUACCAGCCCCAGAGUGGAGAGAUCCUGCUAGAUGGAGCUCCUCUUCAAGACUACCAGCACUCGUACCUGCACAGGAAGGUUGCUCUGGUGAGUCAGGAGCCGGUGCUCUUCGCUCGCUCGGUUCAGGAGAACAUCUCGUAUGGAAUGGAGCAGAGCACCGAGGAGGAGGUGCAGCAAGCAGCCAAGAGAGCCAUCGCACACGACUUCAUCACGGGGCUGCAGGAGGGCUACAGCACCGACGCUGGUGAGAAGGGCGGGCAGCUCUCGGGGGGUCAGAAGCAGCGCGUGGCGAUCGCUCGGGCUCUGCUCAGGGACCCCCGCAUUCUCAUCCUGGACUACGCCACCAGCUCCCUGGACACCGAGACUGAGCACCUGGUCCAGUCGGCUGUACUGAAUGGGCAUCACUGCUCUGUGCUCCUGAUCUCUCACAAACUGAGCUCCCUGGAGCGGGCGGACCGCAUCAUCGUGCUGCAGGGAGGGGAGGUGGUGGAGCAGGGGAGCCACUCGGAUCUGCUGCAAAGAGGGGGUGUCUACCAGAGCCUGCUGGAGAAACAGAGCAGGGGCUUCAACCGCAACGGGGGUGACAAGGACCAGGAGGGACCAGAACAACAGCAGAACUGAGAGCUCAGAGCAGACUGCACUGCACACUGCACACGGCACACGGCACACUGCACACGGCACACGGCACACUGCACACUGCACACGGCA